GCGCAGGGGUGGACUGACCAUUCGAGCACUCGAACACUGCCCGAGGGCCCGGGGUCAGCAGGGGGCCCCAUGAGAUGCUCCUGGUACCUUCCAUUGGCUUUUUCAUAGGCUUUUUUUUGUGUGCUGCGAGGACACGGGGGCUCCAUGAGUUGCAGUGCCCGAGUUUUCCAAAUGUUCAGUCCGCCCCUGUAUGCAGCACAUAUUGGUCAAUUAUGGAAGACCUACCUGUCAUAAUGUCCCCUCCAGCACUGCAAUGUCAC